UCUCGCUCCUCAGAUCCUGCAUAUACUUCUUUGCACUUCUGUCGUAGAUCUUACUUUGUAAAAUGGCAGGUUAUGAAGGAAUCCUAUUGGGGAUGGGAAACCCUCUUCUCGACAUUUCAGCGGUAGUCGACGAAGAUUUCCUCAAGAAAUACGAUGUCAAGCCGAAUAACGCGAUUCUUGCUGAAGACAAGCAUUUGCCCAUGUAUGAUGAACUGGCUGCUAAAGACAAUGUAGAGUACAUUGCUGGAGGUGCUACUCAGAAUUCCAUCCGAGUUGCCCAGUGGAUGCUUCAAAUCCCUGGUGCAACAAGUUAUAUGGGUUGUAUCGGAAAGGACAAGUAUGGGGAGGAAAUGACCAAGAACUCAAAAAGUGCUGGAGUUAACGUGCAUUAUUAUGAGGAUGAAACUAAACCAACCGGCACAUGCGCUGUUUGUGUUGUUGGUGGUGAGAGGUCACUUAUUGCCAACCUGUCUGCUGCCAACUGCUACAAGUCGGAGCACUUAAAACGUCCAGAAAAUUGGGCACUCGUUGAAAAGGCCAAGUACAUCUAUAUUGCUGGAUUUUUCCUUACGGUGUCCACGGAAUCAAUUCAGCUUGUAGCUGAGCAUGCUGCUGCAACCAACAAGAUUUUCACGAUGAACCUCUCUGCACCAUUCAUCUGUGAAUUCUUCAAGGAUGCUCAAGAGAAAGCCUUAUUGUAUGUGGAUUAUGUUUUUGGAAAUGAAACUGAAGCAAGAACGUUCUCAAAGGUUCAUGGUUGGGAGACUGAUAAUGUGGAGGAGAUCGCGAUUAAGAUCUCCCAGCUGCCUAAAGCAUCAGGGACACACAAGAGGAUUACUGUGAUCACUCAGGGUGCUGAUCCUGUCGUAGUUGCUCAGGAUGGAAAAGUUUCAACAUAUCCCGUCAUCUUCUUGUCAAAGGAGAAACUGGUUGAUACCAAUGGAGCAGGUGAUGCGUUCGUUGGGGGAUUUUUGUCUCAAUUGGUUAAGGAGAAGCCGAUCGAGGAAUGCGUGAGAGCUGGGUGCUAUGCAUCCAAUGUGAUCAUCCAAAGAUCAGGCUGCACCUACCCAGAGAAGCCUGAUUUUAGCUAGAUUACAUCCAUCUCAGAGGUUUCACAAUUUACCGUCUCCCGGAUGAAUGUGGUGGGAGCCAUUUUUAUUGUGCCGCUUCUUCGGGGUUGUGCUAUCAUCAUUAUUAUUGUUUGUUAUUAGCCUCCCUUCUAAACCAAAUUAGCUGGUGAAAAUGGAGGAGUACUAUACCUGUCCGCUUCUUCAGUUUGAUUUCAAAUUGCUGUAUGUUUGAGUUAUGUGGCCGGCCUGACAAUAUAAGUUUUACAGCGAUUAAUAAAUUUUGUUUGCAGCUUUUUUAA